AUGGCACUUGGUUCAUCUCAGGCACACUCGGAGAGCUGGCCGAGAGAGGAGAUUGCUGACUUGUUUACCAUGUACUCUGACAACUUCAGCCUCAUGAACCAUGGUGGCCUGGUCGAGUUUUUGCAGUCAACUGUCUCAGUGUCUUCAUUUCAAAAACCGCCGGAAUCAAGUACUACCAGACAAAGUCGAGUGACCAGACCACGGAAAAUCAAGCAUGUAAAUUUGAUGCACUGGGAGGCAAGACACUUCUAUCGAACAAAAAGUCAAAGGAACAUCAAUCAGCCAACUCAGCGUCCCAACGUGAUACCCUCCUCCAAUAACACUUUGGGCACGAGUCGUUCUCGAAGUGAGCAACGACAACCCCGGUCACAUCGUGUAACCAACGCUGCCGUUCAUUCCCCAAGACCACUAACUCAUGUAAAUAGCCAACGACAGAAACAGACAGUUUUCCCGGCCAUAAAACUUAGCCAAUCCGAGUUUCGAACAAUUGUUCAAAAAUAUGAGACGGAUCCGGUGGUCAGACAGCAAGGACGACUAUCUGCUCAGGGAUUCUACCGUUUCCUUUUGUCGCGAGACUAUUUGACCCUUACCCGAAUGCGGAAGUUUGAUGACCAAAUGCAGACUAUGAGAUGUCCAUUCUCCCACUAUUAUCUCCAAUGUGCGCAAGUCAUCGUUCAACCGGUAGCUGCUCCUUUCGAAUUCACCUCACAGGAUGGUGUGAGCGGCCCGAUCAUCUUCAGGAAUCGGAUCAACUAUAUCAGGGCACUUCGUCAACUUUUAUUGUUGGGAACCCGGAAACUACUCACGAGGUUGUUGAAAACUCUUCGACAGCGCACGACCGGUUUCGCCCUUCGUGGGCCUCAUCAGAACGUAAAAUUGACGGAAACUCGGGGACUGCGCCCACCUGAUGAGCCCCAACAAGGGCGAAACCGGUCGUGCGCUGUCAAAGAGUUUUCAGCAACCCUAUGUUUGCUUUUAGAAUGUUUUGCCAAACCAUCCACGCAACCGGUGGUACCCGGUCCUGGAAGAGGUCGGCAGGCUGAACCGGAAUUGUUUAUUUUCCCUUCUUUGAUGACGGACCCAAGCAAAGAACAAAACCCACUGCAAGAGACCAGUAUGCGAGAGGCAUACGCCAUUCCAAUCGAACCAAUUUCAAGAUUAUCGAGUCACACUAGCACACUACUUAUCAAAAAUGCACUACUCAUAAGGUUGCUGAAAAUCCUCCGCCAGCCCGCAACCGGUUUUGCUCUUCUUGGGGCUAAUCAGGUAGGCACAGUCCUCGAGUUUCCUCCAACCUUACGUUCUGCUUGA